CCCGCCAGCCCUCCCAUGGCGCCGCCGCUCGCCGCCCCGCGCUUCCACGCCGCCCUCCCCCGCGGCCUCCUCCUCCGCCCCCGGAAGCCCCUCCCCACCUGGCGCCGCGCCGCUCGCCCGGACGACCAGGAUCUGUACGUCGACGACGACAUCGGAGACGGCUUCUCGUUCAGCGGGGGGAAGUAUGCGGAAGCCGAAGGCCCGAGUAAGUCGGACGAGUGGUUCGCUCAGGGGAGAAUGGUAAAAGCUCAUGCAUUAUAUGGGAACAAAGAAAAGGCAAAGGAUCCCUUUUUUGGGCUCACCAUGGGUUCAGGAUCACAAUCUUCGGGUGAUGUUUUUAAUUGGUUUUGUGUGGAAGCGGGGAGCUCUUCUAAUCCUACUGUCCUUCUAAUUCAUGGGUUUCCAUCUCAGGCAUACUCUUACCGAAAUGUGCUACCUGUACUAUCAGACAAGUAUCGUUCCAUUGCUUUUGACUGGCUUGGUUUUGGAUUCUCAGACAAGCCUCAACCUAAAUAUGGUUUUGACUAUACUCUGGAUGAAUAUACUUCAGCCCUGGAAUCAUUAAUCGAUGCUGUUGCUCCUGAUAAGCUCUCCAUUGUUGUUCAGGGGUACUUCGCUCCAAUUGUAGUCAAAUAUGCUAAAGAACAUCAGGACAAGUUGAACCACCUUAUACUAGUUAAUCCACCGAUAACCGACAAACAUGCAAAGCUUCCAUCCACCCUUGCAUGUUUCAGCAACUUUUUGUUGGGCGAAGUAUUUUCUCAGGAUCCUCUUAGAGCUAGUGAUAAGGCCUUGACUAGUAGUGGGCCAUACAUGAUGAAGGAGGAAGAUGCUACUGUAUAUAGAAGGCCAUACCUUGUCUCAGGUGCAUCUGGUUUUGCACUGAAUGCAAUAACAAGAGCUAUGGGAAAGGAUCUUAAGGCUUACAUUGAGUCCAUGAGGAGCAUAUUAGCGAGUGAUUCAUGGAAUACGAAGACAACAAUAUGUUGGGGCUUGAGAGAUCGUUGGCUCACUUAUGAUGGGGUUGAAGAUUUUUGUGAUGGCCUAAAACACAACGUUGUGCAGCUGCCAAUGGCAGGGCACCAUGCUCAGGAGGAUCGUGGUGAAGAGCUAGGGAAUAUACUAAAACGUAUACUGAGGGUUUGAAGUGCCAACAUGGGGUAUUAUGAAAGGAUGACGAGGCAUGGACAUCAGUCAGGCAUCAAAGAGGGCAGACUAUUCUUUAACCAUGAUCCACAUCAAAAUAUUUAUUGGUUCAUAUGAGGCCAACUCAUCCCCAGUGAAAUGCGCAUUAGCUGACAUGAUGAGGAGUAGGACUACCCUGGUGCAUCGUCUAAGUGCUGACUCCACAAUAGCAGCUACUGGUUUAAAAAACCCUUAACAUGAUUAUGUUGUCAAACUUUACAUAUCACUAUAUGGAUGCUAGUGUUUAACCAACAGUUUAGUGUGGUUCAUGCCUAUGCGACUGUAUGACAAGCAUCUAAUGAGUGGUUGUUAA